AUGAAUGUUCUACUACAGGGGAUGAAGAAUUUAGUACUUAAUAAAUCGCUGGGAGAAACGACUAGGUGUAUGGCAUCGCUUAAUCAAAUGCACAAGACCGGCCCACACAAAAAGCCAAUGUUCAAGCGGAAUCCGUUGGGUGACAAUCCAUUUUUAAAAGGUGUUAUACUCAAAACACUGAUAAGAAAACCAAAGAAACCAAAUUCGGCCAACAGAAAGUGUGUCUUGGUACGAUUGAGCAACGGCAAGGAAAUGAUUGCUUACAUACCCGGUGAAGGGCACAAUCUACAAGAACACAACGUUGUAUUAGUGCGUAACGGGCGGUGUAAAGAUUUACCUGGUGUAAAAAUAACGUGUGUUAGAGGAAAAUUUGAUUUACCACACGUAGUCAAAAAAACACAAACAAAUUCUUAA